AUGUUCGCUUUCUGUUUCCUGGAGGCGGUCAUGGUAACGCUGGGACGCUUCGCUUCAGGAGCAGUUACCGUUAGCAUUAGCAUUAGCAUGGCUUUUAAACCCGAAUUAGGCACUGCACGUCUGCGGCCGAACUGAUAGAUACAGUACAUUUAAUCCGAAUUAAAUACGAGAGAAACCGAUUCUACAGCACACAACACACCUUAACACAUCUCCAUUACAGCUUAACCUUAACCAAUGCUAACCAGAACAGCCCCACUGUUAUUUCUCAGUAGGUUUUAACUGUUCUUCAGAGCGAGUUUAGAACUGUUCUUCAGAGCGAGUUCAGAACAGCGAGGAGGGUUUCAGUGAUGGCUUUUUAUGAAGUGUACUCCCACCCUGCUUUAAUAAGAUAUAAAACCAAUGUGUGUACUCGCGCCACCCUGUUCGUGCUGAUGGUUUUCUGUCUUACGUACAUCCCGCCACUGCUGGUCGCCUACAAGAGCCAAGGAUUCUGGCUGAAGAGAAGCACAUAUGAGGAGCAGCCGGUUGUGCAGUUCCAGUACCAGAUGUUAAUGAUUGGAGCCACUGGAACAGCAGGAGAAUUUGUGGCGUGGAGCACUUUUCCUGACUUUAACCGUCUGCUGGGAAGCAACCUUCGCAUCCCUGCAGUGUCUGUCAAGGAGGAGGACAGCAAUCAGGAUGGAAAAUCAGACCGGCUGCGUCUCCAGCUCAGUGUUCCACUGAAAGCAGAAGAGCAGAUUUACAGCAUUCAGCUACUCCUCACCUUCUCAUACCAGUUGUUUCGGAUGUCCACUGUAGUGAUGCAGUCUAUGGCCUUUAUUCAGCACUCCUCCUCCGUUCCUGGAUCACAGCUGUUCAUCAAUGGGGACCUGAGGCUCCACCAACAGAUCCCACUGCCACACAGAGGUCUACAUGCUGCCUACAAUGUGUCAGUGGUCGAAACAGGGAGUCCCUUCGCUACUUCCUAUGACUUGGCCAGCAUCAUCAGAGCCUAUCAAGCAAGAAACUUGACGACAUAUCUCUCCUGUCCGACUCCAGUAUGGAUCAUUGGUCGAGCUGUAAAUGCUCCUUUCCAGAUUAAUGCAGAAGUCCGCUACCCACUAGAAACUAUCAGCUAUCGGCCUGGGUUCUGGGAAAUGAUAAAGUUUGCCUGGAUCCAGUAUGUCAGUGUUCUGCUCGUGUUUCUGUGGCUUUUUAACCACAUCCAGACGUUUGUCUUUCAGAACCAGGUUCUGCCCACUGUACCCAAACCCCUGCUCAAAACACACACGCAGUGACCCACACUGUUUGUGUGUGGGAGUGUGUGUGGGAGUGUGUGUGGGAGUAUGUGUGGGAGUAUGUGUGGGAGUAUGUGUGGGAGUGUGUGUGGGAGUGUGUGUGGGAGUGUGUGUGGGAGUGUGUGUGGGAGUGUGUGUGGGAGUGUGUGUGGGAGUGUGUGUGGGAGUGAGUGUGGGAGUGAGUGUGGGAGUGAGUGUGGGAGUGAGUGUGGGAGUGAGUGUGGGAGUGAGUGUGGGAGUGAGUGUGGGAGUGUGUGUGUGUCUGUGUGUGUUAAGUGUAGUUCAUUGUUUUGUUAAUGAUGAUUGAUAUUGAUAUUUGUAGUUUUAUACUGUUUUCAGUAAACAUGUUUGUAAGAAUAUUUAAAAUAGAAUAAAAACAUUUGUAUGCCUAA